ACAAUGAACUGAAAUGCAGCAGACGAAAUAUAUGUAAACAAAAGACUAAAUAAACAAAAAGAAGAAAAAAAAUAUCUAUAUUGUGUUUUUCGAAGAAAAAUAAUGGAAAAAGGUGAAAAAUUAAAGGAAGUGGUUUUUCCUGAGGAUAGAGAAAAAGGGAGCAGAAAAUUGUCACAUGACUGUGAUGUGUGUAAAAAGUCCUUCUCUCAAAAAGGAUAUUUGAAUAAGCACAAACGUAUUCAUACAGUAGAGAAGCCAUUUAAAUGUGACAUCUGUGGUAAAUCAUUUUCUAUAAGUAGCCAAUUAAUCAGUCACAGCCAUAGCCAUACUGGAGAGAAGCCAUUUCAUUGUGGUGUCUGUGGUAAAUCAUUCUCUUCAUCCAGUGUCUUUGCUACACACAAGCGUAUUCAUACAGGGGAGAAGCCAUUUCACUGUGACAUCUGUGGUAAAUCAUUCUUUCAAAAACACAACUUGACUAGACACAAACGUCUACAUACUAGGGAGAAACCCUAUCCCUGUGAUGUCUGUAGUACAUCAUUCUCUGACCGAAGUGCUUUAAAUUAUCACAAGCGUGUUCAUACAGGGGAGAAGCCAUUUCACUGCGACAUUUGUGGUAAAUCAUUCUCUCAAAAAUGUGACUUAUCUAGACACAAACGUAUUCAUACAGGAGAGAAGCCUUAUCCCUGUGAUGUCUGUGGUACAUCAUUCUCAGACCAUAGUAUUUUAACCACUCACAUACGCGUUCAUACAGGAGAGAAGCCAUAUCAGUGUAAUAUCUGCGGUAAAUCAUUCUCUCAAAGUAGUGUUUUAACUUCGCAUAAACGUAUUCACACAGGAGAGAAGCCAUAUCAAUGCAACAUCUGUGGCAAGUCUUUUUCUAGAAGUAGCACCCUAACUAAGCACAAACGUGUUCAUACAGGAGAGACACCAUAUUUAUGUGAUAUCUGUGGUAAAUCAUUCUCCCAAAGUGAUAGCUUAGCUACUCACAAGCGUUUUCAUACAGGGGAGAAGCCAUAUGGCUGUGAUAUCUGUGGUGAAUCAUUUUCUGUAAGUACUUACUUAAUCAAUCACAGACAUAUCCAUACAGGGGAGAAGCCAUAUCACUGUGAUACUUGUGGUAAAUCAUUCUCUUCAGCCAGUGUCUUCGCUACCCACAAACGUAUUCAUACAGGUGAGAAGCCAUUUGACUGUGACGUUUGUGGUAAAUCAUUCUAUCAAAAAUAUAAAUUGACUACACACAAACGUAUUCAUACAGGAGAGAGGCCGUAUCACUGUGAUGUCUGCGGUACAUCAUUCUCUGGCCAAAGUGCUUUAAAUUCUCACAUGCAUCUCCAUACGGGAGAAAAGCAAUUUCACUGUGACAUCUGUGGUAAAUCAUUCUCUCAAAAAUAUAACUUGACUAGACACAAACGUAUUCAUACCAGGGAAAAGCCUUAUCACUGUGAUGUCUGUGGUACAUCAUUCUGUGACCAGAGUGCUUUAAAUACUCAUAUACGUGUUCAUACAGGGGAAAAAUUAUUUCACUGUGACAUCUGUGGUAAGUCAUUCUCACAAAAAAAUAACUUAACUAGACACAAACAUAUUCAUACUGGUUAGAAGUCAUUUCAAUGUCAGGAGUACAUAGUUCUCUAACUGAAGUGGUUCAAAUUCUCAUGUUUGCAUACAAGGGAAAAGCAAUUUCUCUGUGACAUCUGUGGUAAAUCAUUCUCUCAAAAAUAUAACUUGACUAACCACAAAUAUGUUUAUACUGGGAAGCCAUAUCACUGUGAUAUCUGUGAUACAUCAUUCUUUGGCUGAAGUGCUUUAAAUUCUCACAAACGUGAUCAUACGGGAGAGAAGCCAUAUUACUGUGAUAUCUGAGGUACAUCAUUCCCUGUGAGUUGUAAUUUAUCUAAACUCAGACAUCUCCAUACAGGUGAGAAGCAAUAUCACUGUGAUGUCUGUGACAAAUUGUUUUCCUGAAGUAUAUAAGUUGACAAACGUAUUCAUACUGGAGAGAAGCCAUAUUCUUGUGUAAAUCAUUCUCUCAAGGUAGCCACUUUGCUUCUCACAAACGUUUCCAUACAGGUGAGAAGCCUUAUCACUGAUACCUGUGGUAAAUUGUUCUCCUGACGUAGUUGCUUAACUAUACACAAACGUAUUCACAUUAUUUUGAAUUCGUCGAGCAUUAUCUGACAGCUUUCAAAUUUGAAUGGAGUGUUUAUUUUUAGAAUGACAUUGUCGGGUAGGCGUAAGAGGCCAAGUCUGGCUAGUUUGAUUAAAAAAUAAGUAGAAAAUUUGGGCCGGAUAUUGCUGAUUUAAAUUCUAAAAGAUUAACACAAGAAAUGCCAAUAUUUCUUAGUGCAAGGACCAUAGGGGGCCAUUUUUGAUUGCCAAUGAAAAUUUUUAUGUAAUAGAAUUUAUUUUAAAUAUAAACAAAUGCAUUGAAUAAAGGAUUUGAAAAUA